CAUGGCUGUGCUUUGGAAGAAGGAAAAAUGCUGAAUUGUGUUGGUAUAUCUCGGGAAAAGCAGCAGACAUGGCUAGAUUUGCUGACUAUUUUAUUGUCGUGGGAUACGAUCACGAAAAAGCCGCAGGUUCAGGAGAGGGAUGCGGGAAGAUCAUUCAGCGAUUCCCCAAGAAGGACUGGGAGGGAACAGCCUUCCCUCAGGGGGUGGAGAUGUUCUGCCAGCCUGGAGGUUGGAGGCUGUACAGAGAGAGGAAAGCACCCACCUUCUUCACCGUUGUGCUGACAGAUAUCGAUUCAGACAGACACUACUGCUCCUGCCUCACGUUCUAUGAGGCAGAGGUCAAUUUACAGGGAUCAAAGAGUAUGGAGGCUGAUGGAGAUGAAGAUGAAGAGGCAGAGGAAGAUGGCCUGAUCCAGCCAGCUCAAGUGUUCGCACCAAAAAGUCUCAUUCUUGUGUCCAGGCUGGAUUAUCCCGAAAUAUUCCGGGGGUGCUUGGGUCUGGUCUACACUGUGUAUAUCGACAGCCUGAGUUUCCCUUUAGAGGGUCUGGUGGCCAAUCUCUUUAUAUUUCAGGUUCCUGUUGCUGGUGGAUCCCAGAAGCUGUUCAGCCUGGGAGCAGGAGACAGGCAGCUCAUCCAGACGCCUCUGAAUGACACAUUGCCUGUUACAUGCAAGAGUGUUGCUUUGCUCUUCCAGCAGCUGGGAAUCCAAAAUGUUCUAAGCCUGUUUUGUGCGGUUCUGACAGAACACAAGGUUUUGUUCCACUCCAGCAGUUACCAGAGGCUCGGGGAUGCAUCUCGUGCCCUGGAAGCCCUCAUGUUUCCCCUAAAAUACAGUUAUCCAUACAUCCCUAUUCUGCCUUCACGGCUGCUGGAGGUGCUGAGCUCACCCACCCCCUUCAUCAUUGGAGUGCACUCCAUGUUUCAGAGUGAAAUCCAAGAUCUGUUGGAUGUUAUUAUUGCUGACCUGGAUGGAGGAACUAUAAAAAUACCAGAGUGUAUCCACUUGUCCCUGCUCCCUGAACCUAUUUUACACCAAACGCAGACUGCCCUGUCUCUGGUUUUGCACCCUGAUCUGGAGAUAGCAGAUAAUGCGUUCCCUCCACCUCGCACUGCACCCUCCAACCUCAAGUUGUUGGACAAGGAGGUGAGGGCCGUCUUUCUCAGGCUGUUUGCACAACUUUUCCAGGGCUACAGGUCUUGCCUGCAGCUCAUCCGCAUCCAUUCUGAACCUGUUAUUCACUUUCACAAGACUGCCUUUCUGGGCCAGCGAGGCCUCAUCGAGAAUGAUUUCCUUACCAAGGUUUUGGAUGGCAUGGCCUUCGCUGGCUUUGUCUCGGAGAGAGGUCCACCUUACAGAGCCUCCGAUCUCUUUGAUGAGCUGGUGGCCUUAGACAUUGACAGCUUUAAGGAAGAGGAGGUCAGCCCUGUCAAGUUGCAGAAACACAUCAGGGAACUCUCUGAGCAGCUAUACAAAAAUGAGAACCCAAACCCCCACAUGGCAUUCCAGAAAGUGCCUCGGCCGUCGGAGGGAUCCCACCUGCGGGUGCACCAGGUACCCUUCCCCGUGCUGGAUGAUGAGAAGGUGGAGAAGCAGAUGCAGGAAGGUGUGGCAAAGCACACCAAUGCACCUCCCUCAACACGACCUGAGAGGAAGUGUGUUGUACCUGCUGGACCACCUGUGGUGUCCAUUAUGAGUAAGAGUGGCUCCGUCUUUAACAGCGCUCGCAGACUGGAGGUGGUGAGGAGCUGCAUUUCCUUCAUCUUUGACAACAAGAUGCUGGAAACUGAAAAGACUCUGCCAGCUGCACUGCGCGCCAUGAAAGGCAAAGCAGCUCGCCAAUGUCUGACUGAGGAACUGAGUCUUCACGUCCAGCAAAAUCGUGCUAUACUGGACCACCAACAGUUUGAUUACAUCAUUCGGAUGAUGAAUUGUGCCCUCCAGGACUGUUCCAGCUCAGAGGAGUACACUGUGGCUUCUGCACUGCUGCCCCUGUCAACAGCCUUCUACAGGAAAUUGGCUGCUGGGGUGAACCAGUUUGCCUACACAUGCAUACAGGACCAUCCCAUCUGGACCAACCAGCAAUUCUGGGAAGCCACUUUCUACAGUGAGGUCCAGAGACAGAUCCGAGACCUGUAUCUUAACACUCCAGAGGAUAAGGGUCGCAUCACUGCCAGGCUAAAGGAUGUGGGCCCCGCACCUGCAGCGGGCAGAGAUGAAGAGCAGACGGCCAUGGACCUGGCAGCAGAGCAGCUGCGCUCAUGGCCCGGCCUGAGCAAGGAGAAGCAGCAGGAGCUGGUGAAGAAUGAGGAGAGCACCGUGUUCAGCCAGGCCAUCCACUACGCCAGCCUCAUGGUUUACCUGCUAGUUCCUUUGGACACCAGCAAGAUCAAGCUGCUCCGUAACGCCCCUGCCACCGACUGGGAGAGCGGCAGCAACAGCAUCGUCACAAACAGCAUUGCCGGUAGUGUCGCAGAGAGCUUUGACACAGAAAGUGGGUUUGAGGACUCGGAGACCAGUGACGUGGCCAACUCUGUGGUCAGAUUUGUUGCCCGCUUCAUUGACAAGGUGUGCACAGAGAGCGGAGUAACCCAGGACCAUAUCAAGAGUCUGCACAGCAUGAUCCCAGGCAUCGUUGCUAUGCAGAUGGAGGCUCUAGAGGCAGUUCACAGGGAGAGCAGGAGAUUACCUCCCAUUCAGAAGCCUAAAAUUCUGCGUCCAGCACUGCUUCCCGGAGAGGAGUUGGUGUCGGAGGGCUUGCGGGUGCUUCUGGAUCCUGACGGCAGGGAGGAGGCCACUGGGGGCCUGCUGGGGGGCCCACACAUCCUGCCAGCAGAGGGGGCGCUCUUUCUCACCACCUACCGUAUCAUCUUUAAAGGCAUCCCUCAUGAUCCACUGGUGGGGGAGCAGGCAGUCAUGAGAGCUUUCCCUGUGUCCACGCUGACCAAAGAGAAGAAGAUCAGCAUCCAGAACCAGCUGCAGCAGAACAUGCAGGAAGGUCUGCAGCUCCGCUCUGCAUCCUUCCAGCUGAUAAAGGUGGCUUUUGAUGAGGAGGUGAGCUCAGAAAUGGUGGAGAUCUUCAGGAAGCACCUCCAGAGAAUCCGCUACCCACAAUCUAUCUUCACUGCCUUUGCAUUUGCUGCGGGACAAACAGCACCUCAGCUAAUCCUUCCAAAGCAAAAAGAGAGGAACACUGGCUUCAGAACAUUAUCCAAAACUAUUGUCAAGGGAGCCAAAAGGGCUGGAAAGAUCACCAUGGGCCGUGGUAGCCAGACCACACUGAAGAAGAAUGACAGAGGCAGCAGAAUGACCUGGCAUGAAGAUGAUGACAUUUCAAUAUCGGAUGAUGGUGAGCCGCCGCCCAGCAGCACUUUGCGAGCAUCAGAGAAGUCCACCAUGGAGCAGUUGGUGGAGCAGUCCUGUUUCCGCGACUACCAACGUCUGGGCCUCGGCACCAUCACUGCCAGCUCGUCUCGCUCCAAGUCAGGCGAGCAGUUCAGGAUCACAGCCGUGAACAGAUUGUACUCGCUCUGUCGCAGUUACCCAGGGCUGCUGGUGGUUCCUCAAGCUGUACAGGACAGCAGUUUACACAAAGUGGCCCGCUGCUACAGACACAACCGUCUGCCUGUUGUGUGCUGGAAACAUCCCCGCACCAAAGCUGUGCUGCUCCGCUCAGGAGGCUUCCAUGGAAAGAGUGUGGUGGGACUUUUCAAGUCACAGAACCCCUCUUCAACAGCUCCUGCCUCGUCUUCAGAUUCGUCCAGUAGUCUUGAACAAGAGAAGUACCUGCAAGCCAUCCUGGACUCCAUCCCUAUCUACUUCAAGAUGAACGGACAUAACACCCUGUCCAACCGCUCCCUCAUAGGUCUCUCACCAGGCAGCGAAAGGAGGACAUCCAGGAUACCAAAGAUGACUCCUGUCCAUUUAGACAUCCCAUUCUCAAACAGCUUUACUAGAGGAGUGCUUGAGUACAGAGAUAAACUAUUCACUCACUCACACCAAAAACCUGCCAGUAAGGAGCGAAUCCACAGUCAAGGCAUGUGGGCCAGCCUGCGUUCAAGCAGCAGACUCAGCCAGCACCCCACGGUAGCAGACGUGGGCGCCAGACUAGCAGGGAAGGAUCUGGCGCCCCCUGCAGGUAGCAGCAGUCUGCAGGCUCAGCUCCUCAAACAGCAAGCUGCCCUCUACGUCUUCGGAGAAAAGUCCCAUCUGAGGGGCCUCAGAGUGGACUCCUCUCUGAACUGUGAACUGGUGCCAGUGGACUUUGCAGAGACACGGCAGGUGAAAGCCUCUUUUAAGAAGCUGCUGAGAGCCUGUGCUCCCAGCGCCACCUCAUCUGAUGCGGAGGACUCCUUCCUCAAAGCCUUGGAGGACUCUGAAUGGAUCCUGCAGCUUCAUAAGAUCCUGCAGCUGGCACUGAUCCUGGUGGAGCUUCUGGACAGCGGCUCAUCUGUUCUCCUCAGCCUGGAGGAUGGCUGGGACAUGACUACACAAGUGGUGUCUUUAGUGCAGCUGCUGAGUGAUCCUUUCUACCGGACUCUGGAGGGCUUUCAGGUGCUGCUGGAGAAAGAGUGGCUCUCCUUCGGCCACAAGUUCAGCCAGCGGAGCAACCUGAGUCCCAGCAGCCAGGGCAGCGGCUUCACACCCAUCUUCCUGCAGUUCCUGGACUGCGUGCACCAGAUUUUGGCGCAACAUCCUCUGGAGUUUGAGUUUAAUCAGUAUUAUCUGAAGUUCCUGGCCUAUCAUCACAUCUCUAACCGCUUCAAGAACUUCCUGUUGGAUUCCGACUAUGAGCGCUUGGAACAUGGCUUGUUGUUUGAGGAUAAAGGUGAUAAGCAGGCACGAAGAGGAAUCUGCAUCUGGGAGUGCAUCAACAGGAUGCACAGGAGGAGUCCCAUCUUCUUCAACUAUCUGUACAGCCCGUCAGAGAUCGAGGUGAUCCUGAAGCCUUCCAUCAGCAUCCCCAGCCUGAAUAAAUGGGACUACUUCACAGAUGAGACUCUGUCGACCGGGCCUUGUUACGACUGGAGGAUGAUGGCUGUGAGGUUGGAGAGCUCAGAGGAGGCGGAAACCAUCUCCAACAGCAAGAGGAGGAUCGUGUGGCCGUGUUACAGCAGCGUGAGCCGUGCCCAGCCGCACGCCAUCACCAAACUCCUCGCUGACAUCGAGAAGCUGGAUGGUGAGCUGAACCAGAGUACCGAGAGAUGGCAGACCACUCUAGAGAGAGUCCGAAUCAGCAUCCAGGAAGACCUCAAGCAAGAAGGAAAUCUCCGUAAGCAGUCGGUGUCCAUCUCAGGCCUCAUUCCCACGUCCAGCCUGCAAGCCUUCCAGCGGCGCUCCAUGCUGCACCUGCCAGACAGCGCGCUGGGCGAGGACCGCAGCACUGCCACAGCCAACGGGAUCAACCGCCGAGCUGCAACACUUUACAACCAGUUCACCCCCAAGAGCGAGGAGAACAGGUCUUAUGAGGGGAUCUUGUAUAAACGUGGAGCACUGCUGAAAGGCUGGAAGCCUCGUUGGUUUGUUUUGGACAUCACAAAACACCAGCUGAGGUACUACGACACCGGCGAGGACACCAACUGCAGAGGCCACAUCGAUCUGGCAGAGGUGGAGUCCGUGAUGAUCGCUGCACCCACUAUAGGAGCUCCCAAACACAUCAGUGAAAAGGCUUUCUUUGACCUGAAGACCAGCAAGCGAGUCUACAACUUCUGCGCUUCAGACGCUCCCAGUGCCCAGCUGUGGAUGGACAAGAUCCAGAACUGCAUCUCUGAUGCCUGAGCGCCGAGGUCAUCACAUCGUAUCACGAACAUUAGAGGUGGCGUCAGGUGGUUGAGAGCAGAGACGCGGCGAUCACUCAGCUCAGUUUAUAGAUGUCUUUAACUUCAUGGACCACAGUUAACAAAGUGCCUGGUAGUGGAGGAUGAAUACUGUCCAUCCAUCAUUGGAUCCACUUCUCCGCCUGUUACUGUCAGGCUGUCGUCACUCUGCAGGUCAGCUUCAGUCGGAGUCGGCCGAACACGUCCGUCUCUGCUGUCAGCUCCCUCCUCUGUGCCUCCGACAGGGAUAAAGUGAAGAUAAGCUGAUGUUUUAGGGCACUGCACUACCAAGGAAAUGUUAUCCUACUUAAGCUGUAAAUAGAUCAAAGCAAUAUCACUGGCCAUUCAAACUGUGGGUUCAAGUUUAGAAUUUAAAAUAUAGAGGAGAGCCUUUAAAAGAAUUUCUAUUUUACUACGAGGAGAGGUUACUGCUGCUUAAAAGAAACGUAUGAACCGCCAAAAACUCAGAGAUUUUAAUGCACAACAUGAAAAAGCUAUUUGUUUGCACUUAGCUCUAAAGUAUGCACUCCUUAUCAAAUAUAGAUUUUCUAACAGAUGCAGACAGCGAGGCUAAAGGCAUUACCUUACAAUGUACAUAUGACAGUUCCUCAAGACAUUAAAGAAAAAAAAAAGUUUGCACAGUGAAUUCAAAAGAGUUACCUGACAUUUUUCUAUUUAAAUAUGUGAUGUUUUCUCUAUUUUGCUGAUUGUUGUUUGACUUCUGCAUAACACAUUUGUCACAUAUAAUGUAAAUUAUUAUUUUUUAUUAAAAGUGUAACUGUUAAAGUGUGGUUUCUUCAUGUUUUUCUGUAAAUACUUGUGUGACAUUUCAUUUUAUAUACUGUAUGUGCUCAACAUAAGUAUACUUUUCUAACCUUAAUUCUAAUGUGACCAACCAGUCUUUUUUUUUUAUUUGUAUGUGUUGUUAAUGGUGCAAAUACCUGAGUGGCCUGUUCCCUGUUUGUAAUGAACCAAUGUAAUGAAAAUUAAAUGGAGACGUUUUUGUUGUCCAGGCAGGCUCUGUGUCUUUUAAGGGCUUUUAAAGAAGUUAAUGAAUAUAUCAUGUAGGACAUUGUGGUUUUCUUAAAUUCUGGUCUCAUCUGUUCUCUGUUUGUGCAUCCUAUACAGUUUCAUUAAGAAGAAAAAAAACAAGAAAACAUGAAGCUAUUCAAAGACGUCAGAGGCUUCUUUUGUUACUGUAUCUUUGUACCAUGUUUUGUGGUGACACUAAUUUUUGGAAAUAAACCAAACAUACUUGA